AUGAAUAAAGAUAAUGCAGGAAAAAUAGAGAAGGUGAAAUUGACGCCGAAGUAUCAGAAUUUGGAUAGUAGUAAGUUAUUAGAGAGGAUCGAUGACGAUAUUCAGAAGCUUAACAGGCUUAAGACUGUUCUUCAGAAAGAAGCCGAGGGGAGGGAUAUGAAGGAGCAACAGGAUCAGAAAGGAGUGGAUAAAGUCGAGGAAGAUGCGGAAGAACAAAAAGUGCUAAAAGAUGGACAGGAUAUGGGUGAUGAUGACUGGAAAGAUAAUUCUAACUCAACAUUGAUGAAAAAUGUUGAUCCCAGACAAUUCAGACGGUACGAGUUGGCGUAUGAUCGGGUCAAGGACUUUUAUUUGGAGCAGCAUACCAAGCAGACAAUUGCCUACAAUAUACAGGCACGGAUCAACUUCAAGACUAAAGUGAGAGACAGAAUGUCAGUUUGGGAUGCUCUCGUUAAACUUAAUAAACUCCUAGAUGAGAGCGAUCCAGAUACAGAACUUUCACAGAUUGACCACGCUUUGCAGACAGCAGAGGCUAUUCGACGCGAUAAUAAGCCUCGAUGGUUUCAAUGUGUUGGACUCAUUCACGAUCUCGGCAAGUUACUUUAUUUCUACGACUCUCAUGGCCAAUGGGAUGUUGUUGGAGACACCUUUCCAGUCGGAUGUCGAUUUUCCAAAAAGAUCAUCUAUCAUGACUUCUUCAAGAAGAAUCCCGACAACCGAAAUCCUUUAUACAACACCAAGUAUGGUAUCUAUUCUCCCCAUUGCGGCUUAAAAAAUGUCAUGCUCAGUUGGGGACACGACGAGUAUAUGUUCAAUCUUGCUAAGGAGCAGAGCACGCUACCACCUGAAGGUUUGUCUAUGAUAAGGUAUCACUCAUUCUAUCCAUGGCACAGAGAGGGUGCUUACAAAUACCUUAUGACGAAAGAGGACGAAGCAGACUUGAAAGUGGUGCAAACGUUUAACCCUUACGACCUCUAUUCCAAGACUGACAUCCGUUACAAAGUGGAGGAGCUUAAACCGUACUACCUGGAACUCAUUGACGAGUUUUUUCCAAACAAAAUAGUGGAAUUUUGA